UUUUAGUCUAAAACUUUCGGCGCUGAAGAUAGUCGGCGGCAACAAUUGAAACUCUCUUUCUCGGAUGCUCAAAUAUCCAUUCGUUUUAUAAGCGGCGGCAAAUCUGAGAUAGGAAUCUCUCUGUAGCUCUUCCGAUUUGCUUCAUGGAAGGGGUUUUGACGACUUUUCUUCCAUGUACAUGUUCUCAACCUCCGCGGCAGUUUCCAUCAACGAUGAUUCUAAAAUCCAAGACUCCUUUUUUUCCUUCUUCAGUAAGAAGCGGGUCUUUUUGUCAUUCUAGAACAGGUAUGGUUUGUCAUGUAUCUAAAAACUCUGUGCCAUUUGCUGAUAAUGAUGAGAAAGAAUACGUUGAUGAAGAACAAGAUGAGGCAGAUAAUUCAAGUAGCGAUUGGGAAUCAGAAUUCCUUGGUGAAGUCAAUCGAAAGAAGCAAAACCCAUUAUUGCAGAAUCAAAAUUCGAAGGUUCUUCAGGAAAAUGAGAUGAUGGAUUGGUGUGUUAGAGCUAGAAAAGUUGCCCUUAAAUCUAUUCAAGCUAGAGGGGUUUCUACUUCCAUGGAAGAUCUGAUGAAUGCUAAUAAGGUAAACAAAAAGAAGAAAAAGAAAAAGACACAAUACAACAAGACUACGGACAAGUAUUUGGGAGAAUUUUCUGAAUUUGAAGAUGAGAGUUUUGGAAAUGGCAUCGAUGACUUAAAAGCAACAGUGGGUAUGAUUGAAAACGGUAUGUUUGAAGAAAGGAAGGAGAAGAACAUGGAAGCUUUCAUCGAGAAGCUUUCUCAGAUUUCAGGUCCGUCUGAUCGCAAGAAAGAAGUGAACUUAAACCGCUCCAUUGUUGAUUCACAGACAGCAGAAGAAGUGCUUGAAGUUGUUUCUGAUACAAUGAUGGCUGUUUCAAAAGGCAUGAGCCCUUCUCCACUCUCUCCAUUAAAUAUCGCAACCGCAAUCCACAGAAUCGCCAAGAAAAUGGAGACAGUUUCAAUGAUCCAAACACGCAGGCUAGCAUUCGCACGACAAAGAGAAAUGUCAAUGCUUGUUGGAAUCGCCAUGUCGGUUCUUCCCGAAUGCUCCGGUCAAGGAAUCUCUAAUAUUUCAUGGGCAUUGUCAAAAAUUGGUGGAGAACUUCUCUAUUCAUCUGAAAUGGAUAGAGUAGCCGAGGUAGCUUCGACAAAAGUCACCGAAUUCAAUUCUCAGAAUAUAGCUAAUCUAGCUGGUGCCUUCGCCUCAAUGCUGCAUUCCGCUCCUGAUCUCUUUUCAAAACUCUCGAAAACAGCAUCUGAAAUAAUCAACACGUUUCAGGAACAAGAACUGGCUCAAGUUCUUUGGGCUUUUGCUUCUUUAAACGAGAAUCCAGAUUCAAUACUGGACGCCCUUGAUCAAGAAUCUGCAUUGUUGAACUUUACGAGAGAUCAGCUUGGAAAUAUAGCAUGGUCUUAUGCAGUUUUCGGGCAGAUGGAUCGCCCAUUCUUUUCUCGGGCAUGGAAAACUCUGGGCCAAUUCGAAGAGCAAAGGGUGUCGGAUCAAUAUAGGGAGGAUAUGAUGUUUGCAUCGCAGCUUCAUCUUGCGAAUCAGUGUUUGAAACUGGAGUACCCGAAUCUUGAACUGUGCUUAGGGAGUGAUGUGGAGGAAAAAGUGAUUCGUUUGGGAAGAAGCAAGAGGUUUAAUCAAAAAGUAACUUCUUUGUUUCAGAAAGAAGUGGCGCGUCUUCUUGUUGGGACUGGACUCAAUUGGGUUAGAGAAUACAGUUUAGAUAUGUACACAUUAGAUGCAGUCUUAAUUGAUCAGAAAGUGGUUCUCGAAAUUGAUGGACCUACUCAUUUCUCUAGAAAUUCCGGAGUUCCUUUGGGUCAUACGAUGUUAAAGCGUCGUUACAUCGCAGCUGCUGGUUGGAAAUUAGUGUCCCUUUCUCACCAAGAAUGGGAAGAACUUCGAGGGGAGCAUGAACAGCGGGAGUACCUCGAGGAGAUUCUCAAAGAUCACAUUUAGUAUAAUAGUUUGUUUGUCAUUUUGAACUAUUGUGUUGUAGUUCAUCCCAAUUUUUACUAUAAUCUAUAUAACUUUUGUAUUUAUUGG